UUACCAAUGACGAGGACGGAAGUAUUUUUGAUUCACAGGGAAACAAAUUUGCUAAACGCUGCACUUUACCGAUCAGGUGAAAUUAACAACAGGUGGAAAGAUGUCAGAGCCCAGCAAGCAUGAUAUUGCUGCCAUUUUCAAACGACUACGUUCCCUUUCUACGAAUAAGGCGUGCUUUGACUGUUCGGCUAAGAAUCCUAGUUGGGCCAGUAUCACCUAUGGAGUGUUUCUCUGUAUAGACUGCUCAGGAACACACAGGUCAUUAGGAGUGCACCUGUCAUUCAUCAGGUCUACUGAGCUGGACUCUAACUGGUCCUGGUACCAGCUGCGAUGCAUGCAGGUGGGCGGCAAUGCCAGCGCGAAUGCCUUCUUUGCCCAGCAAGGCUGCACGUCCAAUGCCGCCAACACCAAGUACAACAGCCGAGCCGCUGCGCUCUACCGCGAGAAGAUCAAGACCUCGGCCACACAGGCCACAAGGCGCUUCGGCACUGAGUUGUGGCUGGACAGCCAGGCCCCCCUCUCUCCAACAUCUCCCGUCAAUAAGGAGGAGGAUUUCUUCAGUAUGCACGCACAGGCAUUCCCUGAUGAUCGUAGCUCCGCCCAGCCUAAUAUAACAAGCUCCGCCCAGAUGAAUCUAAGCCCCACCCCAGUAGAGGAACCCUCUACAAAAGAAACCGAGGGAGACAAAAACAGUACACCUCUACUUCAAUAUUUACACUUCAGAAACACACAUACACUUGCAUCUGUUUGUCCAUGUCGUCUAUGCCCUCAACUCUUUCUGUCUUCAGGUAAUACAGAGGGUCCCAGUGUUGACGUGCUAAGUAUGUCUCCUAAAGAAGCCUUAGAGUCCUCCUCUCUUCUCAAGAAGAAACCAGCUGGGGCCAAGAAAACAUUGGGCGCUAAGAAAGGUGGUCUUGGGGGUAAGAAGGUGAGCAAACAGAGUUUCUGUGACCUGGAGAAGAAAGCACAGGCGGUAGACAAACUCAAUGAGAGAGAUACAGCACCCACCACCAAGAACAGCCCCCAACCAGCAGAGGAAUCCAUUGGUGCCUCCAUGAGACUGGCCUAUAAGGAUCUGGAGGCGCAGCAGAGGAGUAAUACAGAGAAGAUGAAGGGGAUGGGGGAGAAGAAGAAGGAGCAGGCUGAGAGACUGGGCAUGGGCUUUGGCAGCAGGAGUGGAGUGUCUCACUCUGUGCUGUCAGACAUGCACACUAUCCAGCAGGAGAGCCCAGUGGGGUCCAAGCAGCCCACUAAGAGCCGGAGGUACACAGAGAAGGAGGAAGAGGAGACUGACGAAGGCUCCUUUACAUCCAGGAUGUCAAUGACCAGUUCAAUGACCAAGUUUGAUGACCCGACAGAAUCCUCUGACAAGUUCUUCUCCAAUUGGAGCGAGACGGGGGAGUCUGGCUGGAGGAAAGAGAGCAGGAAGCCAGAGCCAGACUUCUACCUGAGCACCAAGAGUUCCUCACAGGACGACAGGACCGCAGCCCGGCGGAAAGCAGACCCAGUCCCUGUCUCAGACUCAGGCGACGCCCGCAAGAAGUUUGGGGAUGUCAAGGCCAUCUCCUCUGACAUGUACUUUGGCAAGCAGGAUGACUCUGAGUAUGAGGCGAAGACUCGCCUGGAGAGGUUCUCUGGAAGCAACUCCAUCAGCUCAGCUGACCUGUUUGAUGACCCAAAGAAACAGAUGGCCAGCUCAUAUCGUCUGACCAACAUGCUGCCCAGUGCUCCAGACAUGUCCCAGCUGAAGCUGGGGGUCCGCUCUGCGGCCGGGAGGCUGUCCGUCAUGGCCAGCGGAGUAGUCACGUCCCUUCAGGACCACUACAGUGCGUGAGUCCAGUGUGUGUUUACCGACUCCAAUACCCAGGGGACCUAACAGGUUGUGUGUGUGUGUGUGUGGGUCAUAACACAGGUACACACACACACACACACACACACACAACCUGUUAGGUCCCCUGGGUAUUGGAGUCGGUAAACAUCCUUACGAGCGAUGGACAAGUUCAGCCGUGCAGGAGAGGGAGCGAGAUGGACGGAGAGAGAGAAUUAGCGACAUUGUGUAGGCCAGAACAUAGGCUGUAGCUAUAUGUGUGUGUAAAUAGCAGCUAUUUGAAUAAAGGACGUAUUAUCUACAUUGGAGUUAUGUCGAACCAACAUCCUCUAUGAGGUAGAUGUAUGAAGAACACUUAUUUCCGCAGCUUAUUAUUUAAUCUGUCCAGGCCUUUAGUUUUGAUAUUUACAUCAAUGGUAUUCAAAAUACAUUUUUGUUAUCAUCCAUUAUGGUUCGAAUUGAGGGUGACUUAGGUUUUGGGUUCCUUUUCAACUGUGCAAUUGUUAUUGAAUCAUAUGUCAUCUUGGUCACCUUGGUUUUUAUGUAACUAUUUGCAAUGAAGACAUCAUCUGGUAGUGUGAUAACAUGUAUUUUUCUACAUGCAGUAUGUAAAUAAUUUAGUUAAUUAAUCUGAUGGGCAUUGUUUUAAUUACCUGCCAAAUCCAGAGAUGUUGCCAUGUAGGAUACUUGUCUUAAAUUUUAGGGUGCCUUCAAACCAAAAUGCCUGCGACGCAUUGUGCGUGUGCCGAUUCACUGAAUGUGUGUUUGGAGGUAUGGUGAAGUGGAGAACAUUCGAGGUGGGAUAAACAUUGGUUGACAGACCUCUAGUCAGGAUGGGGUGCAACAAAAUGUCCCCAUCUCAUCUGUUGGACAGUGUAAAUCUGCCAUUUCAUUCACUUCUAUCCACCUGUACACUGCUCUCUGAAAAAAGGUGUCUGCUGUGCUUUUGAAGCAUUGUUUGCAUUGGUUUGAAAGUGCCCUUAGUCUUGGCAGAGUACUUAUGUCUGUCACUUGACUGAAGGACCGAAUACUCACCGUCAUUUCUUUGUGUAAUAUAUAUAUUUUGUGUAUAGACACACUGGUAGGAUACGGUCCUGUACAGUGUAGCGUGAUCUGGUCUGCCUCUCAGCAGCCAAACAUAUUCUCCAUAUUACUAUUGGCUAUCAGUUCAGAUGAAUGAAGGGAGUAGUAUCUUAAUGUUCUGUCCCAGUACUCUCAAAGGCUGAGUUUAGACAGGCAGCACAAUUCUCUUUUUUUUCUUCUCACUAAUAGGUCUUUUGCCCAAUCAAGUCAGCUUUUUAAAAAGAUCUGAUGUGAAAAGAUCUGUGUAAAAAAAAAUAUAUAAUAAUCAGAAUUGGGCUACCUGUCUAAACGCAGGCAAAUAACCAAUUCUAUUUUCUGUGACCACAUUCCUCUGUGAGAGGAACACAGGACACCCAUCCAAUUAUUUUACCCUUCUGUGGCUAAGAAGGAAAAGAGACAAGGAAAGGAACUAAUGCAAAAGAAAUGGGAUGUGGCCCUCUGAUCAAUGACCCAUUGGCUGCCCUCCCUAGGGCCUGACUCAUUUCAACAACAUUUGUACUAUGUGUUAAGUGAAGGGUAACCUCUAACCCUUUGCUGAGCAGAUUCAUUGUAAAUUACCUCUGUGAACUCUGUGUACCUUGCAGAGAUUAUCUAGGGUGUUUAGAGUAUAUUUUCACACUCUGGAUAUAUGUGGGUUAUAUUUUGGGAGUUUAUGCAUAGUGUGGUUUUGUUAUUUUGAGGGGAUUGGCUAGAGGUCUAACUGGACGUUGCAAGAAGUAUUUCUGGCUACCUAGUAUCACCUACCGAACUCCCUGACCAUUUUAUGCAUAUUUUUCUCAUUUUGAUCCUUACUAAUUCGAACUCUUGAGUUGAGAUUUAACACUGAAGUGAAAUAUAUUUAAGAUGUAACGUUACCCAUUUGAAUCUGGAUAUUGUAUAGUGUGUAAUUCAGUAACCAACCAGGGCUUUUGUUCAAUCUCUUUCUACUGUAAUCCAAAGAACAUGUGCACAUGCCCUAAAAAUGUAAAUGAUGGGAAGAUCUAGUUUUUGGUUAUUUGUAUUAGAAACUGCAAGUAAUUUUUUUUUGCUUGAAUGUACAUCUAUAGAACAGCACCUGAAGCUUUGCAUCAGUUUCUGAAUUUCUUUGUUUACCAACAAAUACAUCUAUGGACAUGAGCUCUUUAGAGAUCCAUUCAAUUUGUGUAAUCAAGGUGUGUAUCAUUGUUAGCUGCUGUGUAUAAGAAACUUUGCUUCAGAAUUAAAAAUAUACUGCACUUGCA